UCCAUGUCAUCAGAAAGCAUGAGCAUGUCAUCAGGUGGCUCUAUGGUGUCAGGGGGUGGAGCCAUGAUGUCAGGGGGUGGGGCAGGGAUGAUGUCAGGAGGGUCCAUGUCAUCAGAAAGCAUGAGCAUGUCAUCAGGUGGCUCUAUGGUGUCAGGGGGUGGAGCCAUGAUGUCAGGGGGUGGAGCUAUGAUGUCAGGAGGAGGGAUGUCAUCAGGUGGUGGCAUGUCGAGCAGCAUGUCGUCAAGCAGCAGCAUGAUGUCCAGCAGCUCAUCGUCGAGCAGCAGCAUGAUGUCUGGCGGCAUGACAUCAUCAGGCGGCAUGAUGUCUGGCGGUAUGACAUCAUCUGGCGGCAUGAUGUCUGGCGGUAUGACCUCAUCAGACGGCAUGAUGUCUGGCGGUAUGACAUCAUCUGGCGGCAUGAUGUCUGGCGGUAUGACCUCAUCUGGCGGGGGAGGUAUGAUGUCCAUGUCCAGUGGCACGAAGUGAUCCUCCACAAACUUCUGCUCAUAGAAGCAACGAUGGAUCCACCUGUUCCGUGUGGCGCACUCUGUCAUCAGAACCACCGAUCGUCUCUCAGGACUUGGCCCAAAAAGACGAAAGAAAACCGUGGUUGAGUCUGCUGCUCGAUGUUGACGCCGGUUUCCAGUCCCCACUGUAAUCCUAAGUGCACUUACAUUAGUAUACCGUUAAGUAUCUCCAUUGCAGUGCACUUAAUGUGUGUAUUAAAGAAUGCUCACCAUUAAGUACACAAUUAGUCUCACCCACUUGACUCCCUAUCACUAAUGCCAUCAAUACACUAACAUAAUCAAAUCUAUGGAGACGUGAUGAAGAUGAAGAUGAAGUAUUUUCAUCUCACCUCGCAUAUUGAGUGUAAAAAUUCAAGUUCAAGGAGUGGAGUCCUCGUAUCACUAUCUUCAAUACUCAUUUUUUUUCAUGUCAUCAUUCUAUUGCCAUACUCAUUGUGUCAAAUCAAGUGUACUAUCAAGGGUGUUGUUGUUAGUUUGCUUUAAGGGUUGUUUGGUUUUGUGCUGGUUUAUUUGUUUUAAUGAAUUUCUCACUGAGGCAAGGCAGAAAGGUUUAGCAGGUGGUGGAGAUACAUGCAAGUAACAAUACGUGCUUUUUAACUGAGCAAACAAGUUGAACAGUCUGUUCAACUGAAUGUGUGUGAUAUUUUGCUUUUUAUUCUUGUGCAUUUGUUAUAUUUCAGUGUUUUCUUUAUCAAUCUUUAUUAUUGCAAUCUUUAUUAUUGUGAUGAAUUCCAAAUGAUUGACAAUGACAUUAAUGUGGAACAUAAUAAACACCUCAAUGGACUUUGAGGAAUU